UUCUCUUUACUCUCUUAAAACUCUCUUCUAGUUUCGCUCUUAGUUGAUGUUUUUCCAUUGCAGUGUAUUUGUAACAAUAAUGUACAAUGACUUACACCACUACCAUGGCUUUAAGCCAGGUUAAGAAUUUCUGAAAACCAACCACACAACAUCAAGUGAUGUUGUGGGCCAAAAAAGAGCGCACCUGUGGCUUAUGUAUUCAGUCUUGGUAGGAGAGCUAAAGAGUUAACAACUUAAAGCCGGGUUAUUUCGUUAUAAAGCGGGUAGAUGCGGUAUGAAACGCUAACAAGAAAUGUAUAACAACAAACUAAAAACAUAUCAAUAAAGUGUGGAGUAAAAGCAAAACAAUUAAAGCAGAGUUUUAGAUAAAAAAAAAAUUGUUGUGUUGAUUGAAAAACCAAAGAGCUGUAGGAAACUAAACGACGAAUUGUAAAAAUAGAAAGAUAAAAAAAAAAAAAACAAGGAAGAAAAAUAGUGAGGGGACAAACAAACAAAGUGAUGUAAUUCAAAUGAGAAGAAAAACUUGCAAAAAUAUUCAAAAAUAAUAAUACGAAAUUAUUGAAUGUUAUAAUUAAUAAAUAUGCAAAACUUAUAUAAAAAUUACUAAAGACGUUUUAUAAAAUCUAUAAUUAAAUCAGCAUUUUGAACUGAAUAAUCUCAUCGUAGUGAUAUGCAUUUGCAUUAAAUGAGAGUGUAAAAAUUAGUUUGUAAUCAAUACCUAUAUAGACAUUGAACUGUUCGCGAUCAUUGGAAAGCUAAAAGAAAACAUUUUUUAACCGACCAUCCUUUUGAACCUACCAAAGUUUAAAUGUUUAACACAAUGCGCGAGGAUGACAUUGAAUUUGCCAUCAAAGUUGUGAUUGUUGGCAAUGGCGGUGUCGGCAAAUCGUCCAUGAUUCAACGCUACUGCAAGGGUAUCUUCACAAAGGACUAUAAAAAGACCAUUGGUGUGGAUUUUCUGGAACGACAAAUCGAAAUCGAUGGCGAAGAUGUGCGAAUCAUGCUAUGGGAUACAGCUGGUCAAGAAGAAUUCGAUGCCAUUACAAAAGCAUAUUAUCGUGGUGCUCAGGCCUGCGUCCUAACAUUUUCCACAACAGACCGGGCCUCGUUUGAGGCCAUACGCGAAUGGAAGCGUAAGGUGGAAAACGAAUGUCAAGAAAUACCCACAGUUAUUGUACAGAACAAAAUCGAUCUCAUCGAUCAGGCUGUCGUAACAGCUGAUGAAGUGGAGACCUUGGCGCAACAAUUGAAUUGCCGUCUGAUAAGGACCUCGGUGAAGGAAGAUGUUAAUGUGGCAUCGGUAUUUCGUUAUUUGGCCACCAAGUGUCACCAGCUAAGUCAAGCAUCCUACAUGGAACAAAACCAACAGUCGCAAGUUAAUGGUGGUUCAUCAUACAACCAUCACGAAAGUCACAAGACCAUAAGUGCGUUUAGUCCCACAUACACAAAGGCCAAGUCGACACCGGGCACCAUAAAACUGCAAAAAAGCUCAACAGCACGAAAGCGAAAAAUAAUAUUAAAAAAAUGUGGCAUAGUAUGAAAUACAUCAUUGCCAUAACAUGGCAGCGCCCAACAGGCAGGCAGGCAGGCAUUGCUCUAGCCUUUACUACCACUACUACUACUAUGAAUAACUUCACCAAAAAAGCAAAAAAAACAAAAAAACGAACACAUAAACCAUCUAACCAACUAUUCCAUUUAGCGGACCACCGGCCAUCUGAUGUCUGAUGAUGAAAGCAGUCAAAAUCUCCAAGUAGUUUUCAUUAAAUUCACAUUAAAACAUUGAUUAAUCGCAAAAACAACACUUGUACGGCUUAUACAUCACGUUCUUUUUAUCAAGAAAUUACUGGAGCGUAGUCAACACCACCUAUCUUCCAAAAAAAAAAAAUAUUCGUUAAUUAGAUGAAAAUAAACCUAAACAACAAUUUAAGCCAGACAGCCAAAUGAUAAAGCCUGUUAAUUACAUUAUUUUGGAAAUCGUUUUCAAAACUUAAAACGAUAACCGUAAUACUCAUUCCCUUACCAGUGAAGUGCAGCGGAAUAGUAGGUGUACACUAUUUUUGUAAUACUCAGAACAUGAUCCUUAUGUUAGUCAAAAAGAAAAUAAUAACGAAGAGAACACAAUGAGCUCGGCGUAUAAGUGAUAGAGCAGAGUCAGUAAGGAGAUGCGCAUCAUAAAUAAAAAUAUGGGAGUGUGUACACAUUGUCGAUCAUCUUGUUUUAUUUCUCUGUAAGAGAAUGUACGACAUUUAUUAUCUAUAAUCUAAGUUAUGAGUUUUAUUAAAACAACUUUUAUGUAAAUAUAACAUUUAGACUAACAAAUCCACUCAAUUUCAGAUGUCAAUUUCAUAGUAUAUGCGUCACGUAAAUUGUAUUUAUAAAUUCAGUGAAUAUUUAUUGACGUAUAUGACGUAUGACUUACUUUAAUGCAGUAGAAAAACAUAUGUUGUGUCUAGUCAUGGUAGAAGAAUACAGGUAGUAGCAUCGAUACAGCUACUGGGACAAUGAAUUAUCAAACCAAUUUUGAAAUUGAAAAUUUUGAAUGAAAAAUUAUUAAAAUUUGUAAAAAUUGUUGAAAAAUACAUAUUAUAACUGCCUCCGAUUGGUGUCGUAUAAGAACACAUAUAAAUUUCUACUUAGUUUCGAAAAAAAAACAACAUUUUUAAUUUUUAACAUACCAAUGUUCCCAAACGUUGACGCAUCUACCUGUAUUCUUCUGCCAUGAAUCCAGUACUGCAAGGAUGUAAAACUUUUUUACUACGAUAAAUAAUUUUUUCUUCAUGAUAUUUGAAAAAAAAUGCAAAACUAUAAAAUUUUUGCAGGUUCUGGAACAGAGCAUAUAUGUAUAUACAUUUUGAAAAAUUGUUAACAAGAAAAUCUUGAUAAAUACACCAUUGCUAUAUACAUUUAAUUUUUUUCGAACAAAAUGCUAUUUGUCAUCAAUUGUAUUCGUAAAAUAUUAAUUGAAUAAUAAUAAUGUGACUGGAUUCUUGUUCUAUGAAAAUAUCCAUUGCAAAACUCAUUUACCACCACGCAGUGGGAUAAUAUACCUCUAUAAAUGAGUUUAGCCAUCUGACUUUGCAAAAGACGAGUAGAGAGUUCAUGUUUUAUUGUUGACAUUUUCUGUCUUUGAAAAAUGCCAAACAGUUAUACUAUUUAUAUGGAAGCAAUUUGUCUUGUGUAAACGUCAUACUAUAAUUUGGUAAAGCAGAAAAUCAAAAGUUAUUUUAUGCAAUUCGCUAACUAACUUAUUUUUGUUUAUCUAAGGCCAGAUUACACAAUAUGAUAGAGUCAUAUGUAAAGUGACAUUUUCACACAUUAAAUUUAAGUUCUUAAUGGCACCCUUUUACCCUUAAAAACCAUUUUUAUAUUCUUGUAUACAAUACUAGAAUAUUCUUCUACCAUGACUAUAUCAUAUAAUUAAACCAUGUUUACACCAUGGUAAAAUAAAUAAGAUAAAGACAUUAAAAAUAAGCAUAUCCAUGCCUGCAUUUUUUGUAAUUUACCUUGUCAAAUUUCCAUUUUGACAAUUUUUACUCUAUACUUAUGUAAUUAAUGUAUUUCUGAUACUAUGCUAAAAGCAAUUCUUAUUAAUUUAAAAUUUUUUUAAAGCUUCAGGCUAUAAAAAGUCAAAAAAAUAAAUUUAGAAAAUGUCGCUUUACAUAUGACUUUAACAUAAUGUAUAAUAUGAACCUUGUAAAUGUAAACGUGGCUUUAUAUUGUAUAAUUAAAAUAAAUCAUGAUCUGCCCUUUUUUCAUAUGAUGUAUAUUGGCCGCAGAAUAAGGAUAUUUGGACCUAUAAUAAAAUAUGGAUCCCGUUAUAACAAGGUCACCAAAUAAAAGUUCAUUUUUAUCAUCCGUAGUGUGAACACAGUGUUAGAGUGCAAAGCUGAUUGUAAAGCCAAGUUAAGACUCUGUUAGACGCAUGGUAGAAGAAUAUAGGUAGACGCAUCGACUCAGCUGCUGGGACAAUGAACUGUCAAACCAAUUUUGGAAUUGAAAAUGUUGAAUGAAAAAUUAUUGAAAUUUGUAAAAAUUGUUGAAAAUACAUAUCAUUACAACCUCUGAUUUGCGUCGUAUAAGAAAACCUAUAAAGAUAUACUUAUUUUCGACAAUAAUUGUUGACAUAUGAAUGUUCCCAAGCGUUGAUGCAUCUACCUAUAUUCUUCUACCAUGGUUAGACGAAAUGUUUUUUACAUGUUUUCGAUCACAGCACGUCCUAUUUUCAUCGGAAAAUUAUAAUUUAAUCAAUAGUUUUAUUUGUUUCUUGUAUAAAAAUAUAUAUAACGAAAUAUGCGACAAAAAUUCAUGUAAAAUAUUAAGUUCUUUUAUAUAAAAUAUAAUAUAUUCACAAUGUAGUCAAAAAAUAUGGAAAAACGAAUCAUAUGUAAAAUUGCAAUGGAUAAUGAAAGUCACAGCACACAUUUAAAACGCAUUCCGUCUGGUAGUCUCUUUACCUUGCACACUAAUUGUAAAAGUCUAGUUUACACUUGAUAUUAGUGUUUUAUGUUCAGUUGCUUUUUUAUACACAUUAGCAUUUUCUUUAUGUAUGUUUCUGAACUUUUCAGAUGAGGUAUGGCAUAAAUACCAUUAAAUAUUUGAAAAUGUUUACCUUAAUUGUCCAUUUUCUUACAUAUUCUUUAAUUUUAUAUCUUCAUUAAGCUGGAAAUACAUAAAGAGCAUAUUUGUCUGGCUUAAGUCAUCGGCUGGCUUCUUUUUUUUUUUUUUGAUUCUCUUUCUCCUUCUUCGUCAUGGUUGGCAGGUACCCGAAGUACACAUAUGCCAAAUUACUAGGUUAUUGAUUACUUAAUAAUCGUAUUCUUUGUUUUGUUUAUGUUUCUGCUAUCUCACAGAGAAAAUCAGAGUUGAAGAUUGCAUUUGUGAAUGAAGUUUGACAGUUCGACGAAGUUUUCUGGCGAGAAGGUUUUUAAAAUUGAUGGUAAGUCCUUGUACCUUUCGAAGAUUUUAAAUUGUUUCCUUUCGUUACAGAAUUUUGGGCAAUGAAAAAUUUGGUGAUCCUCACUUUCAGUGAUUCCACAAAGUGUGCAGAUGUCCGAGGCCUCGACUUUAAUGCGAUCUUUAUAUUACCAGGUGACAUCUUUGAGCCAGUGAACCAGUAUGAUUUUGGUGGUGUGUUGAAGAAUUGUGAAAAAUGAUCAUAAAUGGCAGAGUAUGCGUCUGUAAUUGAAGCAUUGGUGGUGAUUAUACAGCCAGCUGUGGCUGCGUGUUUGGCGAAAUAAUCUGCGAGUUCGUUUGCUGGUAUACCAAUAUGCGAGGGAGUCCAUAUGAAAAUAAGAGAUUACCGCACAACCUGUACUACUGUCUGUGACUGAUGCAUCAGUUGACCAUAUGGAAUGACCCUGGUUUUUUAAACAGACUAGUUUUUCUUGAAGAAUUGCUCUAAAAAAUUCAUUGGACUUGGAGUAUUUUACUGCCUUAAAGAGAUCAUCUAAAAAGCUUAUUUUCUUUGAAGGUGUCCUUUUUUGAUUUACCAUAGUUCGGUCAAGGAUGUGUUUAAAUUUGUUGUAGAUAAAACCCAAACUUGUUUUUACAGAGGAAUCUGUGGUGAUGCAGUUGUACAGUGUAUUGUUAUACAUUUUGAAUUUUAUUAGUUCUUUAGCUGCAAGAUACUGAGAACGUUGUUCAGGAGGAAGCAUAACAGCCAGUGCAUAGAUGUUGUGUAUUGGUGUGGAAGGGGUAAGUCCAAGGCUUCUUCUAAGCAUUUGAUUUUGAAAGCUAGUUAGCUUUUUGUUGAGAUAUUGUGGCAUGUGG